UUGUGAAAUGAAAGGUAGUAGUAGAUAAGCUCGAUGUGGUAGUGAAGAAAGAAAGUGAUUUUGCAGAGAGAGAUUUCAGACAACAGGGACCCAUUUCCGUAAUUUCCCUGACUCAUUAUUAAAACCCCUGAAACAUUCCCGAGACGACGACGCAUUAAAGCCACAUCCAAAACCCAAAUCCACACACUUUUGUUUCUCUCUUCCUCUUCUAUGGCUGUGUCUGAUGCUGUGGUGAGUAACCUAACGCUGCUCUAUGUGGCGCUGAUCCUCUCUAUUAAGGCCUACGGCUUCCUGUGCGGACGCAGCUUCAGCGGCUGCUUUGUGCUCGUUGCGUCCACCGCCGCGGUGGCGCUCAUUCUCGUUGCCACGCUGACGUGGGACGUGUCUCGCAAGGCCACGUAUGCAUUUGCCGCCGUUCAGCCUCCUCCUCCUCCUCCGCCGCCGCCGCACCACACCCACGAAACGUGCAAAGGUGGCAUCUGCUGGCACGGCGUGGCGGUGCGAUCGCCGGCGUCGCAGGUUUGGAGUUGGAGACACUGAUGACUGAUCAUAAUGGAGUGAGCAAAGCAGCGGUUUCUUUUGCUGACAUGAUAUGAACUAUUAUAGGUUGUUAGAGGAAAAAAAUAAAAGGAUGGUUGGUGAAGGUGGACUUAUAUGUGUGGUAUUUUCUGCGGUACUAAUUUUUGGAAAAAUUAUAAAUUUAACAAAGAUUUCAUUUUUUUAAAAAA